CUUGGACGCAGAAAAUGGGCCGACACCAUCCCCUGGCCGCAGCCCCCUGGACUCGCAGGCGAGCCCGGGGCUUGUGCUGCAUGCUGGGGCAGCCACCAGCCAGCGCCGAGAGUCCUUCCUCUAUCGCUCAGACAGUGACUAUGACAUGUCACCCAAGACUAUGUCCAGGAACUCAUCUGUCGCCAGCGAAGCGCAUGCCGAAGACCUCAUUGUGACACCAUUUGCCCAGGUGCUGGCCAGUCUCCGGAGCGUUCGAAACAACUUCUCACUCUUAACCAAUGUGCCCAUCCCCAGCAACAAGUGGUCCCCACUGGGCGGCCCACCCGCUGUCUGCAAGGCCACGCUGUCAGAGGAGACAUGCCAGCAGCUGGCCCGGGAGACCCUGGAAGAGCUAGACUGGUGUUUGGAGCAGCUGGAGACCAUGCAGACCUACCGCUCUGUCAGCGAGAUGGCCUCACACAAGUUCAAAAGGAUGCUGAACCGUGAACUCACACACCUGUCGGAAAUGAGCAGGUCGGGAAACCAGGUCUCAGAGUACAUUUCCACAACAUUCCUGGACAAGCAGAAUGAAAUGGAGAUCCCAUCACCCACACCACGACACAGAGCCUUCCAGCAGCCCCCACCACCGGUGGUACAACAGUCCCAGCCCAUGUCUCAGAUCACAGGGUUGAAAAAGCUGGUGCACACUGGAAGCAUGAACGCCAGUAUCCCACGAUUUGGAGUCAAGACAGAUCAAGAAGAGCUCUUAGCACAAGAACUGGAGAACUUGAGCAAAUGGGGCCUGAAUAUCUUUUGUGUGUCGGAGUACGCUGGAGGGCGUUCACUCAGCUGCAUCAUGUAUACGAUAUUCCAGGAGCGGGACCUGCUAAAGAAAUUCCGCAUCCCUGUGGACACUAUGGUGACUUACAUGCUGACCCUGGAAGACCACUACCAUGCCGACGUCGCCUACCACAACAGCCUGCACGCGGCGGACGUGCUGCAGUCCAUACACGUGCUGCUGGCCACGCCCGCCCUGGAUGCUGUGUUCACAGACCUGGAGAUUCUUGCCGCCCUCUUUGCUGCUGCCAUCCACGACGUGGACCACCCUGGCGUCUCCAACCAGUUCCUUAUCAACACCAAUUCGGAGCUGGCGUUGAUGUACAACGAUGAGUCUGUGCUUGAGAACCACCACCUGGCUGUGGGAUUCAAGCUGCUGCAAGAAGAGAACUGUGACAUCUUCCAGAACCUCAGCAAGCGCCAGCGGCAGAGCCUUCGAAAGAUGGUCAUAGACAUGGUGCUGGCCACAGACAUGUCCAAACAUAUGACCCUCCUGGCUGACCUGAAGACUAUGGUGGAGACGAAGAAAGUAACCAGCUCGGGAGUUCUCUUGCUGGACAACUACGCUGACCGCAUCCAGGUCCUCAGGAACAUGGUGCACUGUGCAGACCUCAGCAACCCCACCAAGCCCCUGGAGCUCUAUCGACAGUGGACUGACCGCAUCAUGGCCGAGUUCUUCCAGCAGGGUGACCGGGAACGGGAGCGUGGAAUGGAGAUUAGCCCCAUGUGUGACAAGCACACAGCCUCUGUGGAGAAGUCUCAGGUGGGCUUCAUUGACUACAUUGUCCACCCGCUGUGGGAGACGUGGGCAGAUCUCGUCCAUCCUGAUGCCCAAGACAUCCUGGACACGUUGGAAGACAACAGGGAUUGGUAUCACAGUGCCAUUCGGCAGAGCCCUUCCCCACCCCUGGAAGAGGAGCCAGGACAUCUUGGCCAUCCAACCCUACCUGGCAAGUUCCAGUUUGAGCUCACAUUGGAGGAGGAAGAGGAGGAAGAUUCCUUGGAGGCUCUGGGAUUGUCCACAGCUGAGGAAAUCUCCCUGGCUUCAGAUGACAUCACAGCUCAGGCUACAGAACAGUCAAAGGUCAAAGACAAAGACCCGAACUCUGAAGUGGUAGAGAGAGAAAAGAGUCUGAGGCAGGGGGCAGACCCAGCAUGUGCUACUCCCAAGGAGUCCGUGGAGACUGUGGGUUGCUCCUUCAGCCCUGGAACUCCCAUUCUGCCUGACUUGAGGACCCUGUGCCCCCCAGAGGAGGUCCCGGGCCUCCUGGGCCUCCCCUCCAUGGCGGCAGAGGUGGAGGCCCCAAGAGACCAUCUGGCUGCCUCGAGGGCUUAUGCCUGUUCUGGGACAACAGGAGACAGUUCUGCCAUCGUCUCAGCUUCAGGCACAUUGGGGUCAGGUGGGGACCCUGCCUGAGCCCUGCUCCCUUCACCUUUGGGUCCUCCCUUGUCCCUCCUCUCUUCACUCACCAUGGACCACCUCAACAACUCCUGGCCCUCCUGAGAAAAAAGAAAACAGAAAAGUGGGGUUUUUUUCUCUUUUCUUUUUUUACCCUUCCCCGCUGCCCUUACCCACAGGGCUUUUUUGUGGAGGUGGGGUCUGGGGAGCCAGGAACUGAAGUCCCCAAAAAAGGGAGUUUAUUUUUUUGAAUUUUAAUUGUAACGUUUUUAGAAAAAGAACAAAAAAAAAAAAAAAAGAAUGAAACACAGCAACUGUAGAUGCACCCACCUCCCCAUUCCUGGUUCCCCCUUAUUUCCCCCUUCCCCUCACCCAACCUCAAUCCAAGGCGCCAUCUUCCUGCCUAUCUUGAGACUUGCUCCUUGAGACUCAAGUCUAGGCAUGGCACUGCCCUUUGGGAUGUCCUUCUGGGGUUCAGAGGGAGUCUAGAACCAUAUUGGGAAUAGUAGCAGGGAGAGCCACAGGAGGGGGCUGGUCCAUAGCAGGGAAUGCCACAGGAGGGGGCUGGUCCAUAGCAGGGAGAGCCACAGGAGGGGGCUGGUCCCUAGCAAGGGGCCCCUCUCCCUGCCUCACUGUCCCCUCCCACACGUCUUCCAUCUCUUUUCUCUUUUUUCUUAUUUUUUUUGUACAACCCUGGCCAUGUGGAUGAGAGGGGUGGUCAGAAGAGCUAUUGCUUUAAGAUCUAGGGACCCUUGGUUUCACGCCCUCUACGAGCAUCAGGCCUCGGGGCUGAAGUCCCUUCUUCAGAUGCCAUCUCCUUCCUGGUCCACUUUGGGUCACUUUGAAUUUUCUCCGUUGGAGGAAGGGGGCUCUGUUCCAUGCACACAAACAUCCUCCUUCCAGCUGCUUCUUCCUCUUGUUUCUGCCUUAAAGAUUCCUGUGGCCAUAGAUGAAGUCUCAGUGGCCCCCUCCUUCUCCCUGGGUGGGCAGCUCUUCCGCCCACAGUCCCCUCUUCCAGCAUCCACUCAACUACCUUUUCAGAGUCUCACUCACAUCCCCCCACACACGCCAACUCUCAUUGCCCUAGGAGGAAGCAAUAAUGGUGUGUACCACAUCCUCCCAUCCUGGGCAGCCUUUCCCUUCCAGCACCAAAGCCAUUUCUCCUGUCCUCACCUUACUGAACCUGACCUUCCCCCAUCCAGCCCAGCCACAGGCAGUCCCUAAGCAAUACAGACAGAGCAAGGCCAUUUUCUCCAAGCCAUGGGGGUAAGGGGACGUUUAAAAAGGAAUGACUCCAUUCUCCUCUGCCACACCCGGCCAGUCUGCAGCAGGGCAGUGGGAGUUCUGAUUCCUUGCCUGCCCUGUUAUGUCUCUGUACACGGUACUGUAGCCCUUCCCCCAAUUCCUCCCCAGAUGUCCAUCUGUCUGACCUACCAACCCACUCUCCUUACCCCAUGAUGCUUACAGGGUUUUUGUUUGUUUAUUAAGCAGAGGUAGUUUCUGUUCUAGCUGGUGAUGAGAAUAACCCCGCUUUCCAAGUGUGUGGGGUUUUCUGUACAUACUAUAAGGCUGGUAUAUAAAUUAUUCUGAGACUGAAAGGGAGAAUGGACUUGCCUUUCUGUGGUGAACCCCGUUGGGAAGCUGAGGAGGGGAUCUCCAGGGAGAAGUAACCCCUUCCUGUUGUAUAAUACAAGCUGUACCAUAUUCCUUGAAUGGAGAGUGGGCAUGCUGCUGGUUCAUGGGAAAUGAACCAGGAGGGACAAGGGCUGGGCAGUGCUUGAACCAUGUUCCCUUCUCAAGAGCCCAGGAUGGGGUAGGAGGAGUGGCCAGACCCCUGGCCUCAGUCAGGGCUCCUCUCAGCCAGGGUGGGUGCAGGAUCCCAUGAGCUUCCUACAUGUUGUCCACAUCGACAAUUGAUCAAUUGGUCAGUGGGUUGACAAUCAAUCCUUAAAUCCUGUCCCCAAUUAAAGCGAGGCUCUCACUGAUA